UCGAUACGUAUCCCAGCAGUGAUCCUGGUGUUUGCUGGUGGCCGUGACGAUGCGCCCCCGUCUCCUUCACGUCAGUCGACUUAGGGAAGCGGCUGAUGAUUGUCGUCUAUGGGGUUUCCUCGUCGCGCAUGUCGUUUGCUCGUCUGUGUGUGUGGAGUCGUCGGGCUUUAGAUUCAGAUGAAACCAGGUGCUAUAGUCGGCGGGAUACGUGGGCAUUACAAUGUGCACGCCAUGCGGUUGAUCGUUCGCGACGGGGAAAGGAAAGAGAGAAGGCGGCCCUGGAUGUGGCAGGGAAGAUGCUUGCGCAAGUCCAGUCAGUCGUUCCUGCAGGUGAGAUUCGGGAGGACAAGACUGGACGCAGCAUGGUGGCGGUGCGGGGCAACGGGGGGCUUGUUUACCAGCCACAUAUUUACUUUCAGGGUAAGUCACUAUCAGUCACUGUACUUGUGAUUGAAGCUACCGUACGGAGUAGACCACAUGGAAACAUCGACUGGGGCUUCAAAAGCCGAUCAACACAUGCAUUCGCACACAGGCCAAAGUAUGAUAAGGCCCCGAGGCUUCGUCGUCAAUUAAGCUGUCUGCAACAGCGGGUAUCAUUACUCCUUGCGAGGAGCAUCUACACUUCCCAAAGGCAACCAUUCUCUAAGAACUUUUCGUCACUGCCCUUUUCAUAUCCCUCGACUCCUGAAACCUGACCAGAUAACCGCUGAAAUCUAAUCUCCUCCUUUAUAUUGAACAGACAUGAGAAAUUUGGUUGGGGUCAUUGCCGUACGCGGAAGGCUUGGACCGGUGAUGGAUUGUACAGAAAAAGAAAAGUCGUUUGUGAACGCAUAAUCUUAGAAGAAGUUGCUCUUGUCGUCUUCAUUGUCCACAAUGGUAGACAUGUGGUCGGUAUGAUUGUUUUGAACAGCAUGGCCCUGCAGAACCUUCUGUGGAAUAGGUGGUAAAGCGCAUGUUGGUGGAGGCAUC